AUGCUCGCACAUCGCUUCGGCCUCUUGAGCCUUCUGGUCUCAUCCGUCUCGACGUCCUACGUUCAGUAUCAGCUUUGUGACCCGGCUUCUUCUCGCGCGCCGGUGCCGUCGCCGCAGCAGCAGCUACCGGGCAUCUCCAGCCUGAGUGCGAGCAUCGAGACCGCCGAUGACGGCCACCAGCAUCUCGCCUGGGUCAUUGACCUACUAGUUGGCGACGAGCACCACUGCGAUCGCCAGGUUUCAAACGUAACCGUCGACUUUACUGUCGAAACUCUCACACGCACAGCCCGCUUCGAACACCAUGUGCUUACUACAUGCAAACCGGUUAAUCAGGGGCGCUACACAAUGGUCAAUGCAUCUAGCACCUUGGUCACUCAAGACCUGGGCCGCCUGAGCCCGCUGUCGACUUUCCAUUCGGAUAUCUACCUGACCUCUGCUGCAACUGGCGACGCCUUGGUCUGCCUUCAGGCAAACAUCACACCUGCCUUGCGCCCUACCGUAUCCUCGACACUGCGCUGGGCUCCCUUUGGCCUCUUCCUCUUCAUCCUCGCCGUCGGUAUCCUACGCAGCUGUUUUGACAGGCCCAUCCGCCUCACAGCAGAUGACGAAUCAGACGAAGAGGCUCACUCGGCUCGUCCCGUCCUGCCACAUGUAGGCGACUGCCUGCAGUACCUCCAGUUCAUCUUUUUGACUGGCAGCCUCAGCCUUUGGUAUCCCGGAUUCUACCGCCCAGCUGUCAGCAAGUUGAACUGGUACUCUCUGUUCCUCACAGGCCCCAUCACCCACGGUCAUGUUUAUCCUGGCAGCGCGGACGGUAUCUUCGAGAUCAACGGUACCUACGGAGGCACGCACGGCUUCGAUCUCAUGCACCAGAUCGUAGGCACCCCUACCACCAUGACCACCUGGACAAACUUGGUCAUCGCCCUGGUCGUGGUUGUUGCCUUGGCUGCUGCGUUACUCGAGUGCGUUCGCCUCGGUGCGCCUCGGACUGGCGAGACUGGCAUGGCGGCACAGGCAAUCGUCAUGAACCAUGGUUUGCAACACAGAGUCAACCGUAUUCUUCGCGUUGUUCUUUCGUACUUCACCAUGCCUCUCAUAGCCCUUUCUUGCUACCAGAUCACCUACGCCGCCCUAGUGCCUGGUUAUCACACAUCACUGGCCGUUUUGUUGAUUGUCGUCAUUAUCGCUGCGUUUGUCUGGCUUGUACGCCAGAUUCCCGUGCGAAGCCUUGGUCUUCUGGUUUUCGACUCCAAGCGGUACCAGCAAAUAUCUGCGUCCACGUCGAGCGACCAACACGGGAAAGCCUUCAUUGUGGUUCUCUUCCUUCUUGCUUUCAUCCGCGGCGCUGCCGUGGGCGGUCUGCAAAUCACCCCUCUGGUCCAGUUGCCUAUGCUUAUUGCCUGCGAGUUGGUGCUUCUCGCUUGUAUCUUUGGCUUCCAGGCGUAUCCCGCUUGGUCAGUCGGCACAAUAUCUGCCCUUUCCAGACUCGUCACAUUGGCUCUCAUGAUCGCCUUCAUACCUGGGCUCGCCACUCUUCAUGUCAAGAGCGCAAUUGGAUACGCUAUUCUGCUCAUACAUAGCACAAUGCUGUUCUGUGGCUUCCUAGGACCGGCUGUCUAUCAUUUGGUCGUUCUAUGCGCCAGGCACCUUAACGCGUCGAAGCCAGAGGUAUACGGCCUCCGCGAACUGCGGCGACGUCAAGUUUCACGGACAGACCUCAACCGGGCUUAUGUCGACUCGCCCAACCCGGCCAGACCCGAUGCCAACCUAAGCGGCCGCCUAACACCUCUUUCCAAUAGAACGUUCGGUCGACCGACAAGCACCAAUACGCAUCGCCUCGAGACACCGCAGAUCCCUGCGAGCCACUACUUUCGCUCGCCACGUCCUUCUUCAGUCCGCAGUAAAGACUCCGUAGACCUUCGUUCCAAGGUCGGGAGUACGACGCAGACCGUAUCUUCCAGCUCGUCCCGCGGGCGACCAAGGGCCGUCUCGCCACUAGUCAAUACCUCUGUCUGCGGAUGGCUCGCCGUCAUCGAGUGGUGA